AUGAAUAGUUACCAAAUCGAAGGUGCUGUUGUUGAAGAUGGCCGCGGACCUUCCAUCUGGAACAUCUUUUGCAAAGAGCCCGGCAAGAUCGCGGGUGGAGCCAACGGCGACGUGGAUUGCCACUCAUACAUCCGUCCCCAUGAGGAUAUUCGCCUCAAGUACUAUGCCAAAUUUGUUGACGACCUUCUUGCCGCCGGUAUCGCACCCCUCAUCACCCUCUUUUACUGGGACCUUCCUGGUGAACUGCAUAGUCGCUAUGGCGGCUUGCUCAGUACGGACUUUGUUGCGGACUACGCCAACUACGCCCGUGUCGGCAGAUCAACAGCAGCGACACUCAUACGUGCGACAUGGCUGGUCUUGUUUUCGCAUCUGAAAGCUAAAACUGAGGGCAGCAAGGGCAGCUGA